AGAGGAUCGAAUCCAGGGUUCGGCAGACGCACGGCCGAUCUCCAACUGGCCAACUUAUUAUUCUGUUGUGGUUCCGCUCCCCCUCGCUUUUCACCGAUUAUUCUCUUUCCACUCCCGAGACACGGACUCUUCACGGUCAAUACUAUUAUUAUUAUUAUUAUUAUUAUCAAUUGAGCCGGAGAGCUGAAGACCAUGACUAUUACACGGUCCCAAACGGGGAAAACUCCCAGGAAAAUCGACCGUCCUGGUUAUAUCCAGACCCCUGGUGGUCGUCGAGUGACACGCAGCAGUAUAGAAAACAGCGCUGACGAUGUCUCCGAUUCCACUGUUGAAGCCACUGCAAGAUCGAAGUCGUCCACGCGACGACGCACUCGCGGAACACCCAAGGAUGAGACCGAAUCGCCGGAGCCGGAGGUGAAGGAGGAAGAGCCAAAGGCAUCGGUCAAGGCCAAUGGCCACUCCAACGGCUCUACCGAGAAGAAACGCAUCGUCGAUGGCUGGGCUGAGGGAAUGGAUCCCAAGAUCGACUACAGUGGACAUUUCGAGUUUGGUGGUUCCUGGGGAGUGUUGGCGAUGAUGUUGGGAUUCCCGGUGUUGAUGUGGUAUAUGUGGAUUGGCGCCAUCUACUACGAGGGCAAGUUUCCUCGUCCGACUGAGGGACAAAGUAUGUCGGAUUUCUUCUCGCACAUGGUGAACCUGGUGUACGAAGGCGCGUUCCCGACACUCAGGGCUUGGAGGAUUUACUGGACUUUCUUCAUCUUCGAGGGUGUGUGCUACAUGCUCAUGCCUGGUAUCAAGGUUAUGGGUCGUCCUCUUCCCCAUGCAGGUGGUAAGCAGCUGGAGUACUACUGCUCCGCUCUUUACUCGUGGUACUUCAACGUUGUGCUGUCAUUGGUCCUCCACUUCACUGGUAUCUUUAAGCUGUACACCGUGAUCGAUGAGUUCGGGCCUCUUUUGACCGUGGCCAUUCUGUCUGGCUUCAUUGUGUCAUUCAUUGCGUAUUUCUCUGCGUUGAUCCGUGGAGCACAGCACCGGAUGAGUGGCUAUCCCAUCUACGAUUUCUUCAUGGGUGCGGAACUCAAUCCGCGCAUGUUUGGCGUCUUGGACUUCAAAAUGUUCUUUGAAGUCCGUCUUCCGUGGUACAUUCUGUUCUUCAUCUCGAUGGGUGCUGCGGCCAGGCAGUACGAGAAUUACGGCUAUGUCUCUGGCGAAGUCGGGUUCAUUUUACUGGCGCAUUUCUUGUAUGCCAAUGCCUGUUCCAAGGGUGAGGAGUGCAUUGUGUCGACUUGGGACAUGUACUACGAGAAAUGGGGCUUCAUGCUGAUCUUCUGGAACCUUGCUGGUGUACCGCUGAGCUACUGCCACUGCACCAUCUAUCUCGCCAACCACGACCCCUCGACCUACCACUGGAACCGCUACUUCCUGGCCUUUCUCUACGCCGCAUACCUAUUUGUGUACUGGGUCUGGGACACAACCAACAGCCAAAAGAAUCGUUUCCGCCAGAUGGAGCGUGGCACGAUGGUUUUCCGUAACACCUUCCCCCAGCUGCCGUGGCAGACUGUGCAGAACCCCAAGACCCUUACUGCCGCCGAUGGCUCCAAGAUCAUGGUCGAUGGGUGGUAUGGCAAGGCUCGAAAGAUCCACUACACCUGCGAUCUGUACUUUGCCUUGAAUUGGGGUCUUAUUACCGGCUUUGACAGUCCGUUCCCGUGGUUCUACCCUCUGUUCUUUGCGUGCAUGAUCAGCCACCGUGCCCUGCGUGAUAUUCAGCGCUGCCGGAACAAGUACGGCGAGACUUGGCUUGAGUACGAGAGACAGGUUCCUUACCUGUUCAUUCCCUACGUCUUCUAAGCACGGAUUCAAGCCAACACUCCAACGGCAGCCGUUUCCAGGCGUUGAGCUGUCCAGUGCUACAUGAAUUCACUUUCUUCGAUGUUAUCCUGUCUAUUGGCCCUAUAUAAAUGCUGUAAUAUUUGCAUUGAUUUCAUUCAAUGCCAGCUUCAAUUCCCCCUCUGUUAACUUUCUACAUUGUCAUUGCUAUGGGCCAGGGUUCUGCUUUCGGGCUAUUACCUAUGUUUCUUCCCUUUCCUGUAUAUUAUUGAAUGCUAUUCUUUGGAGGCCCUCGUCUACAUACCGGAUGAGAUAUUUAUAUAGUUGUUAAUCAUACCGUUGGGUAUUGCUCUGGAGUUGUAUUAACAUCACAUGACUGCCCCUCAAC